AUGUAUCUUCUCGUUUUUGUUGUAGUGAUCAUUUGUGGGGUUUUGGGCCAACAACAGUACCCACCACCACCACCAAUGCCUCUUACAGGAGGCGGAUAUCCACCAGCUCCACCAGUGUAUGCCCCUGGCGGUGGCUAUGGGCAAGGACAAGGAUCAUCUGGGGAAUCAUACGAAUACAACAGAGAGUAUAACUGCAAAUUGGUUGUUCUUUACGGCCACGGAAAGGGGGGACACAUUCGCUCGCCAUUUGUUGGUCUUCACAAAGAUCGCUACAGUCGCAGAAACGAUUUCCAGCGCGCCCUUGUGCUGUGCCCGGAAAGGCACGGAAAGAAGGGAAUUCUCGUCGACAACAGACACAAGCCAAUCCGCUCUCGCCGUGGCCCCGAUGAUGUAAACGAGCUUGAGGUCGCUUGUGUGGAUGGACGAUGGGUUCGAGUUCACGAGGGUCAUCGCGGUGAUCGUUAUGGUAGUGAUGUGCCCCCAAUGAAUUGUGCCUACGUUUCCGAUCGCGAUUCAUCAUCGUCAUCUGGGGAAGACGGAGGAAAGGGAGGGCCAAGACGAGAAUCAUCCAAUCAU